AUGCUUCCCAUCGCAAUAUUUUACCAGGUAUAUGCUUACCUCAGUCUCGUGCUCUCAGCACAGGUCUUCUACAUGCAAAUGCGUGCACGUAAUCUUCCCUGCUUGCUCUUGUUGUUUUGGGUUUGUAUCUGCACACUGAUCUAUGCAGUACAAUCUGCCAUCUGGCAUCAGACUUCAGAACCAAAAUGGCUCGGCUAUGGUUUUUGCGACAUCACUUCCCGAAUUAUUACUUGUUCAAGCAUUGGUAUCCCAGCAGCAGCUUUUACUCUGGUACUCUAUCUCGACAAAGUCAUUCGCAGUGAUCGUCCUUUGAAACCAUUCCAAGAUUGGAUCUUCCAGAUCUUAUUGUCCCUUGCAUAUCCCAUUGUUACUAUGCUCCUUAUGAUUCCCAUGGAAAGUAACCGUUAUGUUGUUAUCUGUAUGAAUGGUUGUAUGCCUGCCUUUUACCAAACCGUUUACACCUUGAUAAUCUUCUAUCUUCCUCCUUGUCUACUCUCUCUUGGUGGUUUGUUCUUCGUCUCUAGAAUCCUCUACUACUACUGGCACCGUCAAAAAGAACUCCAACAGUUCUUCCAACGUGACUCCCAACUUACUUCUAAACGCUUUCUGCGUCUUCUUCUUUUGGAUGCCGUUUUCUUCCUUGGUUACCUUCCCCUAACCAUUUACCUUCUCGUUGUGAACUGUAAAGGACAUAAUUUUAUGGCUGUUAAUCAUUAUUUAAUGUCCAUUUGGCACCGAGUUCCCGUAUACUUCUUCCCAGCAACUUCUAUUUUCUUGAACAAUUGGAUUCCCCCCACUGUUCUCAUCAUCAUGUCGAUCUUCUUCAUCACAAGCGGCAAAUGGACAGAUAAUGUUGCCAUCUUCUUGUGGAGCUUGGUCGUUCGUUGCCCCUACAUCAAAAACACUAGCUUGGGUCGUCAUGCCCAGUUCAAGCUGGAUAGCGAGAAGAGUGCUGAAACAACUCUUGCUGAAAGAACUAUCGAUUCUAGUGAUCUUAAAGAAAAAUGUCUUAUUUUAGAGAGACAAUGGAGCAAAUUGUCGGUUCCAAGCGACGACUCGAGCGAAUCCCAAGCUUCCACCAAAUAUGUCUAA